AUGGAACACAGCUCUCUUGCGCCGAUUGCCGUCAAGGUUGAACCCGACGCCGAAUUGCCUGCCGCUACCGUUGCUUCCGCUGCCCGCGCACCCUGCCGCGACCGUAGCGCUUUGGUCUCGGGCCGGCCCAACAAGCGCCUCCGCGCGCGCCCCGACGAGGAACCGAUCGACGCCGACCGCCAGACCAUCACGCUCAAACAAGCCGUGGGCCAGUUCAUCCGCCAAUGCACGGUCAGCGCUUAUGACAGAGAGGAGAACGAGCACGUCCUGGGCGUGCCCGUCGGCUGUCGUUACGAUGCCGAGCGAGACGCGCGGUUCGUGUCGGCGGUCCUCUCGGCCCUGACCGAGCGUGGGAAGGCCAAGGCCAGGCUCGAUGAUGGUCCGUGGCGCAGCAAGGACCCCCAAUGGCGCUACCCGCAGCACUGUGGCGAACCGACCGCCGUGUUUGAAGGAUGGAUCGUCGGGUGCGAUCUGCUGCAUCGGUACAACCCGCUGGUGCCCGCCGACCCGUAUGCGUCCCACAGGCUCUACGCGCAGAUCACCUGCUUUGAGCUGGACCACGCGAGCUCGGCCAUCCACUACGUACCGCUAGAGUACAUCACGCCCGCGCAGUUGGCGCUUCUCAAGCAAGCGCACGGCUUCUGCACGCCCGAGGACCAGCACGAGUGUCCCGCCGUCGAUACCGUCUACGAUUGGCUCAAUGCGAUCGACAGUUCCGGGCUGGUUCGGUACGCCAAGAGGCCGGGCACCGUGUCUUGCGAGCCGCGCAACGUCGUACCCUUUACGAUACUCGGCCCCACCUACUGA